AUGUCAGCUUGCAAGCCUAGCAAAGUACCAAAUGAGCAGAAUUUGAAGUUAAGCAAGUUUCAAGGUAAAUUUCUAUCUGAUCCUGGAGUGUACAGAAGGUUGGUGGGCAGGUUGUUGUAUCUGACUAUCACUAGACCAGAUAUAGCAUAUCCUGUUCAAAAACUAAGCCAAUUCAUGUCCAAACCCAGGAAGCCUCAUCUACAUGCUACUUAUAAGGUGCUGCAGUACAUAAAGGGUUGUCCUAGUCAAGGAAUUUUUUUGUCUGCUUCAUCAGAUUUUCAUUUGAAGGCUUACACAGAUGCUGAUUGGGCAUCUUGCAUUGAUACCAGAAGGUCAACUACAGGGUACUGCAUAUUUUUAGGUGAUUCUCUAAUAUCUUGGAAGUCCAAAAACAGUCCAUAG